AUGGCGGGCGGAUCUCAAAGUGUCGUGAUCGGCAUCGAUCUCGGAACGACAACGUGCAGUGUCGGUGUCUGGCGCCACGGCCAAGUCGAGAUGGUUCGCAACGACAAUGGCAACUUGUCGACGCCGUCGUGCGUCGCCUUUACCGACGCUGGUCGUCUCGUUGGCGACUUUGCCAAGAGCCAAGCGCCCCGAAACGCACCCAAUACGGUCUUCAACAUUAUGCGCAUCAUUGGCCGUCGCUACGACGAG